AUGUCGAAGUCUCAUGUCGAUUCCACCCGCGUGCAUCCACGUCGCCGGCCUGUAUUAAACGCAGACCUCCCAUCUCUGAAAGGAGAAACCUUCCAUACUCCCACAUCGCCUCCAUCGACCGACCGUGAUCCCAUUUUGAACAUUCGGUCGCUGCCUCGUCGCUGUCCCACCUCUCUCGACGCCUUAGCAGCUAGCGAAGAGCGUAUGACGUCGAUCUUGAACCGGCUUACUUUGGACUCUCCAAAGGACAGUGGAGAAGAAUCAUCCCACUCAGGAGUCAAGGCUGCUCAGGAAAGUGUUAAGAAAACACCCACUGGGCUGAAGUCUGGCUCUCGCACAUCACGCCGAUCUUCAGUUGAUGACAGCUUGAAAAAAGCCGAAGGUCACGAACAUGAUUCAGACAGCGGGCUUGGAACAUCUGUUAGCAUCACUGGAACUACUACUUCGGUAUCAUUGCUCGAUUCGGGUCUCAGUGAGGGGAAACGUCAGCUCAGUUUGGCGGCGUGCAAAAAAAUUGAACGCCAUAUCCUCCUCCCUAUCCUCAAAGAUCCAAAACUUAAGCCUUUCCAUCCCCUCGUGAAAACCAUCCCUUCUCGAAUUCUCAAUCGCCAUAUCGUGUGUCUCAGAGACGUUGAAAAGUCUUUGCUUUGGCUUGCUCCUAAGUUCUCUUCGUCCCGGCACACAUAUCUCGAUUUCGCCGAGUUCACUAUUCAGUGCUUGCAUACUUCCGCUUCUCAUCUUAACGACCGCGAACAGAGACUACCAUCCGACCGGCCAUAUACUAACGGAUACUUUCUCGAUCUCGUUUCACAGGUUCGUCGAUACGCUGCCAUGAUUCGUGCUUCUCGAGAGAGAGCCGAACAGGCUCAAGUCCAAACCUCAGAGGCACACUCAGAGGGCAAGUUGUCCCUUGAGACUAGUGCUGUUCUCGAGGGUGGCAUCAGCAAGAAUGGAAAGCCUGCAGAGCUCGUGGUUCUCCACGAAGGGAAGCAGAUUUCCAUGCUGACUGGUGAACCAUUCGUUGCUGCGGAGACACCUGCGACGUUUAAGCGUGGCGUCAGCUUCGAUGAAAGAGCUGAUGAAGGUGUGCAGCGCUCCAUGGCUCGCCGAAAGAAGAAUGCUCCCCCAAUGGACAUCAAUCAGAAGUGCAGUCAUUGUGAGAAGGUCUUCAAGCGCCCAUGCGACUUGACCAAACAUGAAAAGACUCACUCCCGCCCCUGGAAGUGUUCAGAUUCUACGUGCAAGUUCUUCUCGGUUGGCUGGCCAACCCAGAAGGAGCGUGACCGUCACGAAAAUGACAAGCACUCAUCGACUCCCGCGAUGUACAAGUGUAAUUUCCAACCAUGCCCUUACACCUCAAAACGGGAGAGCAAUUGUAAGCAGCACAUGGAGAAGGCACACGGUUGGGUGUAUGUUCGUUCCAAGAACAACUCGCGUGUUAAUGGGAAACGUGGCACGUCGACCCAGGCUUCUCGCACCCCCAGCGUGUCUACGCCAGCCUCCAAGUCCGUCGAUUUUCCCACUCCUGUCACCGGCCCCAGCCCUUCACCCGCGCCGUGCUCGUCGCUUUUUGAUUCCACUCCUUUCAACUUCAAUGACCCACCUGUCCCUCAGAGUGAUGAUUACCCCCGUAUGUUCGAAACUUCGCCAUACACCAGCUCCUCUGCUGGCCUGAGCACAGACUUCACAUUUCCUACAUCUCUCAAUCUAGACUCGUUCCAAAGCCAAUUCGAGUCCGGAGAUCCUAAUGAACUUAUUCCCUCUUUGGAAAUGCAUCGCCAGAUUUCGGUCCCCUCUGCAGGGUCAGUUCCUGAUCUGAUGGGCAUGUCUGGUUACGACGGCUCUCCCCAGGCCACCACCGAGAACAGCUUGAACUUUGAAUUGGACUGGAACAACUUGGGUUACAAUGAUAUGGAUACAGACUACACUGCUCUGCACAUGCAAAUGCAAGCUCCGGGACAUCCCGAGAAUAUCUACCAGGGCUACUCGGGACCGAUGACUACCGAUUCAUCUCAGCUUCCAAUCAACGCCAACAAGAUGUCGGGUCUUUCUCCAAAUGCACAGGGCAAUCCCAUGCUAUACUCCCCGGGCUCCGAGCACUAUGAGUACAAUGCUCAGCUCCACGGUGGCAAUGACUUCAUGCUUUAUGGUGAAUACCCAGGCAUGAACAUGCAGAUGGUCCCUCCCAUCACUCAGCACCAAUCGACUCGUCAAUUCGCUCAGCCGCGCCAGGAAGGCCAGGUUGUGUAUGACAUGGAGCUGGAGUACAUGAAGUAG